CAACCCCCCCCCUCUCUCUUUCUCAAACCCCGAACCAGAACUAAUUAAUCCAAUUUGCACUACAAAAAUAUUUACCCCAACCCCCUCCCCUUUCUUGCCUUUGCUCUUAUUAUAAUAUAUACGUACGCCCCCCCCUCCUUUCCCCCCAACCCAAUAACUCUUUCGCCUCACCAACUUCACUGCGCUAGAAAUGCCGUCUUCUACACAAAUUCAUCGGUUCAAUCCCGCCACCGCCGCAACCGCCGUCUCCAACUCCUACAACUGCCCCAAACACCGCCCUCUCUUGCUUCCCCUUUCCUCGGCUCAACUCAGCCUUCCUCUUCCUGAAACAGCCGCUUGCCACCAUUCCCACACGGUGGCGCCAGACCAGUGCUGCUCCGUCGUCAUCCAGUCCAUUGACGCCCCCGUGGACGCUGUAUGGUCGGUCCUCCGGCGCUUCGACAACCCUCAGGCCUACAAACACUUCGUCAAGAGCUGCCAAGUCAUUAUGGGCGAUGGCAUUCGCGUGGGGACGCUCCGUGAGGUCCGCGUGGUCUCCGGACUUCCCGCCGUGUCCAGCAUCGAGAGGUUAGAGAUCCUGGACGACGAACAUCACGUCCUCAGCUUCAGCGUCGUCGGCGGAGAUCAUCGCCUGCGGAACUACCGUUCCGUCACUACCCUGCACGCCGUCGAGAGCGGUACACUCGUCAUCGAAUCGUACGUGGUGGACGUCCCGCAGGGAAACACCAAGGAAGAGACCUGCGUCUUCGCCGACACAAUAAUACGAUGCAAUUUGCAGUCCCUGGCUCAGACUGCGGAGGCCAUGGUAGCGAAGGACCAGGAAGAGAAAGCGCGGCUCUCCCCGUGAAUAUAUACCCGAUAUAAGUGACGGUUCCUUCUCUGUUUCUUUUGUCCUUUAACAUCUCGUGUGAUUCGGGGCUUUUUGUUUUCCGAUAUGGGUUCGGAUCUCGUAUGUCUCAUUAUUAGACAUCCAUAACCUGAUACCCAUAUCCGGAAAAUUCUUCAGGGGUAGAUCGGUAGGUUUUUUGCAAGUCUCUCGAUCAGACGGAAAGGGUUGGAUUUGAAAAUAUAUAUCUAUAUAUAAUAACUGAAUGAUAUAUGUGUUCAUAUUUAUAUAAUUAUAUUCCUUUUUUUUUUUUGGGUUCAAACCAUUCAUCUGAUCAAGGCUUGCUGGUCAUUCUUGUAUUGGCAUUGAAAGUGGUAUGUAUGUCUCUGUAGCUGUACAUUAAAUUAAAGCUCUUUAAUGUUUAGGAUAAGUGGCUCAAAAGGAUUCUGUUGUCAGCCUAUCCAGGUGGUUUUGUUGUUUCGAUCAUAUUACUACAUGUUACUUAUCUCUAUAUAUGGGUAGUCAAUGAACUUGUUUGA